UUGCCGUGGUUUAGUAACAGUCUACACACAAAUGGCGUCCUAAAUCACUUCGCUCUUUUUUGUAUUCUACCCACACAGGAAGCUAAUGAACUACAACGGCGGAUAACCACCUUCACCAACGCGGUAGACACUCGCCGUGAGAUGUUGGAUCUGGCCUGCGGUUUCUACGGCCAUGCCAAAGAGGUUCUCACCUGUCUGCACGGUUUCAGUGAGUCCUAUAAUCCCGGUGAACACUUUCCGCCCAACAUUGAGGGCGUGGAGGACGAGCUGACCAACUUCCACCAGGACCGGUCCUCCCUGGAGGCAGCCAUUGAGCAGGUCAACGCUGAAGGCAACGUCCUCAUUGGACGUUUGCAGGAUGCCGAUGAAGUGACGCAUUUGCGCUCAAUUCUGCAUCAGGCAAGUUCUUUGUCCAAAAACGCGUCCGUGCAUGCUCGCUCGCUCGCUUGUUUGUUUGUCUGUUUGACAUUCUGCUGCGUUGUGAAGGCUAGACAAUUAUGA